AUGUUGAUGUUUUACUCGCUGACGCCCAGACAGACCAGCUCAGUUAACUUGCUUAUGAUAUGCUCGAUGGUGGCUCGUUAUGCUCCCCCUAUAUCAUACAACUUCCUCAAUCUCAUUCGUCAGGGCCCUCUUUAUCUUAGUACCAUGUUUGCUAUGUCAUAUGGUAUUGGUUUUUCUUGCCUUUCUGCAACUCUUGUUCAUGUAUUGCUUUUCCAUGGAAGCGAUAUAUUGCAGCUGAGUAAGUCUGUGUUUCAAGGGAAGAAGAUAGAUAUACACACGAAGAUCAUGAGAAAAAAUUAUAAACAAGUUCCUGAAUGGUGGUUUUUAUGCAUUCUUUUGUUCAGCAUUAUGGCAGCUACAUUUGUGUGUGAGUAUUACAACGAUCAACUCCAGCUACCAUGGUGGGGUGUGAUGUUAGCAUGUGUUGUUGCUGUAUCGUUUACUCUUCCUGUUGGAAUAAUCAGAGCUACGACAAAUCAGGCACCUGCUUUGAAUGUGAUAACAGAGUACAUAAUUGGAUACAUCUACCCUGUUUAUCCUAUUGCAGUCAUGUUGUUUAAAGUGUAUGGGAACAUGAGUAUGAAACAGGCCAUUUUCUUUUUGCAAGAUUUUAAGCUUGGCCAUUACAUGAAGAUUCCUCCUAGAGCAAUGUUCUUGGCACAGGUACUGGACACAAUAAUAGCUGCAAUUGUGCAUCUAUUAACAGCAUGGUGGCUAAUAGAAACAGUUCCAAAUAUAUGCCAUAGGGAAUUGCUUCCACCAGGAAGCCCAUGGACUUGCCCAGGUGAUCAUGUAUUCUAUGAUGCAUCUGUCAUAUGGGGUUUGAUAGGGCCUCGCAGAAUAUUUGGAAAUCUAGGACACUACUCGGCCAUCAACUGGUUUUUUCUUGGCUGGUACUAUUGCUCCUUUAGUUGUUUGGCUAGCACACAAAGCCUUCCCUGA